AUGCCAGGCCUUUUUCGAGUCAGGAGGCAGCGCGUAUUGGAUGCCUUGAUAUGGCUCAAGGCAAACAAUCGCCUUUACGACCAAGUUAUAAUCUCGGAACAACGACUUGGCGAGCUGCCUGUUGACGAUGUGCCCGCUGAAAUUAUGGAGGCAGUAAGAUACUCGGAUGAUAUAGACGCCGUUGGUCGCGAACACGCGGGAUACGUGCCGAUGGAACAAGAGCAAGAAGAAAACGAAGGUUAUUCGGAUAGCGACACCGAAGACUCGGGGGUACCUCCGAUUCAACACGCUGAAGAAGAAGAAGAGGAUGAUUCCAUCGAUGUAGAAAGUCUCAUUGCCCAAUUGGACGCGGAAGGGAACGAUGUAGACGAAGAUCCGACCGACACAACCAAGCACGAGGCAGACGGUGAUGCCCAGGUUUUCCCACUUCAGAUACAUGGUGUUGUAGAUGUGGGCGGAGAAAAUAUCCCAGACGCCACUUUGUUCGCUCAUGCAGUGGAGAAUGCCAUCCCAGCUAACUUUGCUCAAGACUAUGGAAUUCGAAAAGGGAAUGCCUUCGUGAAUGAAUUCGCGCGCUACGAUGAAAACAAGGAAAGGUUUGAUGGAGGUCCUGCAAAUCCAAAUCACCUGCUGGGGGCGUUUCCCAUACUCUUCCCAUAUGGGUACGGCGGCCUGGAGGUCGAUCGAAAAAUCAAAGUUACAUACGAAGAGCAUGUCAGAUGGGCUCUUCAGCACGCCUCUGGACGCUUCCGACGCCACACAUCUUUCAUUUUCCAGGUAUUCGGCGUACUUUGGAAACGCCAAGUCUGUCGAUCCGCCUCUCUACACAUCGAUCAUAAUGCCUUUAUCGCCAGUCAUGAGGACUUCAUGAAAAUUAGACCGAAGGACCUAUUGGAGGCGAGUGAAGAAGAAAAUCACAAGGUUGAGAUAUCCAAUCCAACCAUCAGGUUAUUACGUCGCCAUAUUACCACCAUUCGAGCGAAGGUCCCAGGUACAGAUGAGAACAGGGUGUCUAUUCGAUCCCAAAUUUGGGGCAUGACGCUCAAGUUCAACCCCCCUUCAAUCUGGACUACGAUCAAUUUAUCAGAUUCCAAUGAUCCUAUCGCGCAAGUUCUAGCCGGUGUCGACAUAGACCUCGAUAAAUUUGUUGCCAAAACAGGUCCCAACGCCACCCAACGUGCUCAAGUCAUUGGCGCAGACCCAUACGCUGCUGCAGAAUACUUUCAUCUCGUCGUCAAAAUCAUUCUGGAGGAAAUGAUUGGCGUCAAAAGUGGUACACAAGGCGCUAUCAACCGCAAGAUGGGGGUACUGGGUUUCGUCAAUGGAUACAUAGGUACCGUGGAAGCGCAGGCCAGAGGGUCUCUGCACCUACAUAUUCUGUUUUGGUUGAAAGAUGCUCCCACCGCAAAUGAUAUGCAAGAGGCACUCCGAUCGGAGACUUUUCGCGACAAAAUCAAGGCCUUCAUACACCAAAAUAUCCGUGCAGACCUCACGCAAGACAUCCAGCAACCAACAAACAAUAAACGACGAGGAAAUGGGAAAUCUAGCGUCGCAUUCUCUCGUCCAGAAGAUCCCCGUCUACCUGACUAUGACAUCAAACGCGAACAAGCUGAAAACCACAACGCGGGUAUAGUUCAAGCUCACACAUGCACCGUUUACUAUUGUCUCAAAGGCCAAAGUGGUAAACUAGUGUGCAAGCGUGGGCAUCCUUGGGCCACCUACACCGACGACUGGGUCGAUGAAUAUGGAAAUUGGGGGCCGAAGAGACGCUACAGUUUCCUGAACCCCUGGAACCCCGCGAUCUUUGCAGUGACAAGAUCGAAUAUGGACAUAAAAUUACUGACCAAUUCUUGGGAGACGAAAGACAUCGCCUUCUACAUCACACUCUACAUCGCCAAAAAACAAGUUCAAGCUGCCAAUGCGUCAGCGCUAUUGGCAAAUUGCAAUUUCUUUCUUGCUGAACCCCAAUCGAUAACAGUCGACAACCCAAUUCAGAAGAUCAACAAAAAACUCUUGCAACAAUGUGCAAACACGCUCAGUCGUCAAUACGAACUCAGCGGUCCAGAAGUUAUUAGUUAUUUAAUGGGAUGGGGGGAUCGUUAUAUCUCACAUACAUUUGUCAAAGUAUAUUGGGACACCAUUGUUCAAGCGCUGCACAAUGCAUACCCCCAUCUCGUAUCCAAUGCAAGUGAUACAAAAAAGACGACGCCACAGUAUGCGGACCGCGCAGAAGAGCUUAGUCAUCUCAGUGUUUAUGAGUUCUUCCUUACGACUUAUCACGAUUCGAGAGGCGGGUCUACAUCCCAAGCUGAACAGGAAGAAGAAGAAGAGGAUGAGAGUCAAGAAACGGUCAAACGAGGUCGCCCUCCUUCACAACGGUUUCCUUACCUCGCGAAUUCGGACCGAAAAGGGGCACGUGUUAUCCGCGGUCCGAAACAAGAGACCGCUCUUCACAUUGUCGGCCGAUGGCUACCGAGCCGAGAUGAUCCGAAUGUCGAAAACUAUUCCGCGCAACUUCUCUUGUUGCUCAAACCAUGGCGCGCUCUCUCAACGACAUUGCGCAAGGUUUUCCUUCUUUCAAUGCCGCACGUGAAGCCUUCUUACAGGAUGCCUCGAAUGACAUCAGGCGCCUGGUCGAAAACAUCGAAUAUUACCACGAAUGCGUGUCUAGUGCAAAACGCCGAAGAACACCGAAUAACUUCAUGUCUGAGGAAAACGAUGAACCUCCGACACCCCCCUCCUCAGAUAGCAAUAACAGAAACGGCUCGCUUCACCUUACUGAAGCAGAUAUAG